AUGCCGAAUUCGUCUGAGAUAGAUGAAUCGCCGUCAGGGGCAAGCUUGGGGCUAAUGGUAGCGACAUCGUUCCAAAUUCUUUUCGGGAUCAUGGGACUGCUAGGGAAUUCUGUUUGCUUUGUCGUUUUACGCCGUCAAUCCCUCAAGAACCACACUAACUGGUUAAUUGUAAACCAGUGUACGGCCGACCUCCUAACAUCUAUCGUUUUAAUAUUGGUCGUCGUUCAACUGCACUGGUUUACCCUUCCUCCGAAUCUCGGAUACCUCGGAUCCCAACUCUACUGCCGUCUUUGGGAUUCGCGGAUUCUCAUCUUCAGCGGCUUUUCGACAUCUACAUUCAACUUGGUGAUCAUAUCCGUUGAACGUUACGUCGCGGUUGUACACCCGAUGCUGUAUGUGACGCGUAUUAAACGCAAAACAAUGUACGUGCUUGCGGUAACUGCUUGGUUAACCGCACCAACUCUACAGAUUGUUUUGGCAAUUACCCAGUUCGACUACCGCGGUGGACGCUGCGUUGUAAUCGACAGAGGGCCGGCAGUCGGCGUUGCGUUGUUUCUUUGGGAAUAUUUUUUUCCAGUCGUCAUCAUGGGCUUUUCCUUUGUCCGCAUAGCAGCGCGGUUGUACUCUCUUAACCGCGUCUCGACCGCGGUGACGGAUGACACCGACGCUUCGACUGCAGCGAACGGUACUCAACCUUCAAACUUGCCCUCUGGACCCGAACCAACAUCGGUCGCGCCUGUAUCAACGAAUGGCUCAAGGACUGGCCCUGCGCCAGCACCAGCUAAUCCCACCAUGCAGGAAUGCAGGAACGUUCGACGACGUAACAUCACCGUGACUCUCCUCAUAAUCUACCUUACUUACCUUGUUUGCUGGACACCCAACCAGAUUGUCUUUUUGGCCUUCAAUUUCGGAGUUCUCCCGAACUACAUAGGCAGUACAGGUCAUAUCAUUACAACAAUCCUUGCUACACUGAACAUUUGCGUAAAUCCAAUCGUAUACGCUGUGAGGUAUAAGACAUUCAAGAAAGGACUAAGAAAUUUCGUGUUCAGAUGUCUACGACUUCAGGAAUAGUGUAAAUGGUAUCAAUUAUUUGGCUAGCCCAAUCAUUGCCAUAGAACUUUAAGU